ACAAUUCCUUUGACAGUAAUUGCCUCAGCAACCCCACUAAUUACAUGUUCCAUUUUGUAUUACAAUUUAACAUAUACCAAAAUUAAAGCCCAUUACCUUUUUGGGGGAGAGAAACAAGUUCCCAAAAAAAAAAAAAAUUCGAUGCCUAACUUUUCCUUCACUUUCCCACACCAAUUCUUGAAAGAAAAUCUCAAUGCUUGUAAAACCCACCUAUCAAAACUGAUAACCAAAGAGUUUGCAAUCCUCUCAUGCAGCUCUAUUUCUUUGUUUCUCUCAUUUUUUUAUUUGCUUAUUAUGGUUUUUGCAAACCAGUUAUACAUGUUGGUCACCAGGUCAGUAUUGCUGUGCCCGGUGAAUACGAUGUGGGAUUCAUUGGGAGAGCUUUUGUGUUGGAAGAUGACCAAAUGGAGGAACCCAAUUUCAAAGCUGCAUUAAGCAUUGAAGCUGUGAAUGGGAAAUAUUCUUGUUCAUUGGAAGUGUUUCUUGGUGAUGUGAAAGUAUGGAAUUCUGGGCAUUAUUCGAGGUUCUAUGUCUCGGAUAAAUGCGUGCUUGAACUGACUGAGGAUGGGGAUUUGAGAUUGAAAGGUCCAAAAAACAGAGUUGGAUGGAGAACUGGGACUUCCGGACAAGGUGUGGAGGUAAAGAGGCUACGAAUUCUUAGUACAGGAAAUCUGGUUUUGGCAGACGCUUUGAACCUUAUAAAAUGGCAGAGUUUCAAUUUCCCAACCGAUGUGAUACUUAGGGGACAAAGACUCAACGUUGCAACUCGCUUAACUUCUUUCCCAACAAACUCCACUUCAUAUUACUCACUGGAAAUUGAAUACAACAAGAUUGCUCUCUACCUCAAUUCAGGUAAAUGGAACUAUUCUUAUUGGGAAUUUAAGCCUACAAAGAACAGAAACAUCACUUUUAUUCAAUUGAGUUCCAAAGGAUUAGUGCUGUUCAAUGAUAAAAACAAGAAAAUAGCACAGAUUCCUUCAAGGGUAAUCCAACCCCUUAGGUUUCUAGCAUUGGGGAAUAAAACAGGAAACUUGGGGCUCUAUUUUUAUUCAUUUAUUGAAUUGAAAUUUGAAGCAACUUUUCAAGCACUCAACACUACCUGUGACCUUCCUCUGGCAUGUAAACCUUAUGGGAUUUGUACAUCUUCCAAUACUUGUUCAUGCAUUAGGCUAGAAACAAAGGGAGAGAGAAUCAAUGGAGAUUGCAAUGGAGGAAUCUCAGGUGGGUUUUGUGGGAGAGGAGAGGUAGAGUUUCUUGAAUUAGAGGGUGUUAGUAGUGUGCUUAGAGAUUCCCAUAAAAGAUUUAAUUUGAGCAAAGAAGCUUGUGGUAAGCUGUGCUUAGAGGACUGUAAAUGUGCUGCUGCUUUGUAUUCUACAGACCAAAAAGGAUGCUUUGUGUAUGAUAUUGUAGUGGGACUUAAAGAGGUUGGAAGAGGAAGUGGGAAGGUUUUCAUGGUUAAAGUUCCAAAAGGAACUCGUGGUGUUCAUGGAAAGUCGAGUGUGAAAAAAUGGGUAUUGAUAUUGGUUGGAGUAGUUGAUGGGCUGAUUAUUCUAGCAGCUGUGGCAGGGCUUGGAUACUAUUUUAUUUAUAAGAGAAGAAAGAACAUGUUGCAUAUUGGGCAUGACAAUUGAGUGUUCUACAUGUGAUUUUUUGAAGGUUCUCUUCCUGAGAAUUUCAUAAAUUGAAUACAGUUUUUUUGUCUCUCAAAAUUAUAGUUAUUUUUGGUAGAAGAAAAUACAUUUUUUAGUUGUUUCAGAUUCACAGAUAAAAGUAAUGAGUUUUGUUCAUUUAUUUACAUACUCCUCUCAGAUAUCAAUUUUCUGUGUACAUUGACAGAGGCAGUUUUUAAUUCAUUUUUUGCAAGUUUCAUUU